AUGUUUUAUAACAUAUUAUUACAUUUAAUACUAAUAUUCUACGUUUGGAAUUCGAAUAAUUUCGUAGAUGCCGAAAUCGAUCCUGAAUAUAUUCUUGCUUGUGAUGAAUUCCCAACCUUGGAUUUUACUCGUUUCGAGAGUCAACUAGAGGCGCUGAAAACUGGUAAUGAAUUACUUAAAAUAAGGAUGGAUAAACAAGAUGAGUUUUUGCUACGUUUGGAGGAAAAAAUCGAAAAGAGCACACAAAGCAUAGAAAUUAGAAUACAGACACAAAGCAAGGAAUAUUUCGAUAUAUUAAAUGAUUUAAUUGGAAAACAAAAUCAACUGAUUGAAACACAAUUUCAAGAGAUACUUGCCAAUGAUAAAAUCCAAAUGAUAAGUGACAUCAAGGAAAUAGUUAAAGGUCAUGAUGUUCUCUUAGGAGUAUUAAAUGAGAAACUAAAUAAUAUGGAAAAUAUAUUAAACAAAAAUAUUUUCGAAACUCAACAGUUGAAAGCUAAUAACUUAAUUGCCGUGCAUAAAGGCAAAGCAGUAGUUUGCACUACCAAUCCUUAUCCCACCAGUUGUGCUGAUUUCAAUACUAAUUAUUGUUCAAAUAACAAAUGUCGCAUAUUUAGUAAGAUUUAUGGACAAAAACCAUUUUAUGUAUCAUGUGAUAACCAGACCGAUGGUGGUGGAUGGACUGUCAUCCAAAGACGUAUUAAUGGUUCCGUAGAUUUCUACCGCAAAUGGUCAGAAUAUAAGAUGGGCUUCGGUGAUAUUGAAGGCGAGUUCUUCAUCGGUCUCGAUAAACUUCAUGCCCUGACGACUGAACUACAACCAGUAGAACUCUUGAUACAACUAAAAGAUUUCAAUAAUACUUUGACAUAUGCCAAAUAUGCUGAAUUCAUUGUCGAAGAUGAAUUGGAGAAUUAUAAAUUACUGAAAGUGGGUAAAUAUUCUGGCAAUGCUACUGAUUCAUUUAGUCCACAUCAGGGUUAUAUGUUUACCACGAAAGAUCGUGACAAUGACUUAGAUACAAAUGAAAAAAACUGUGCUGAGUAUUUUAAAAGUGCAUGGUGGUUUCAUGCCUGUUUUAAUAGCAAUUUAAAUGGAAAAUAUCAUGCGAAAGAAGUAUCUACUAAUACAAAUUUUGGUAUAUGUUGGAAUUCUAGUAGAGGUUGCAAACAUUCUUUAAAAUUUGUUCAAAUGAUGAUAAGACCUAAGAAAAUAUAAAAUUGUAAGAAGUAAUUAAAACAAGUUAGAGUGCUAUAUUCGGCUGAGCCGAAUCUUAAAUACCCUCCACCAGCUACU